GUUAGACCUCUUAGAGAUUACCUACAAGUCACGGUUCGGCCCGCAAUCCCAAGCAAGUACUCCGAACACAACGUGCCUAUUGCUUAGAUCUGAAGACUUAAUAAUAGACAGACACAUGCUCUUACUAUCCACCCUCUCGCUCACCUCCUCCUCCUCCUUCUUCCAACUUACAAUGGCAUCAUCUACACCUUCCAAUACCACGAGUCUCCCCGUCACUCGGGUCGCCUGUUUCAAGUUCCACCCCAACGUCACCGACGCGCAAAAAGCCGGCCGCACAUCAGCCUUCUUGGAUCUCUAUGCCAGCCAUCAAGAACUGAUUCUCGGCUUGCCGAAAGGUGGGCGGCCGCUCAAUACGCCGCUUGACUUGACGAAUGUGAAGAGGGAGAAAGGGUGGGAUACGGGGUUCGUGGUCGUGUUCAAGGAUGAUGCCGCGAGGAAGGAGUUUGAUACGGACGCCGGACAUGAUAGGCUGAAGAAUGAGACGGAUCCGCUGCUGGAGCAGGUGUUCGUAUAUGACUUUGUCGAGCAAACGAACCUGGGUUGGUAGUGCUGCAAUAAUCCUCGAUGAAGUUCAUUUGAUUGUGUCGAGAAAUAUCGUCCUUGCGUAGAUCUUAAUUUUGGAUUAUCAAGGUACUAAAGCUCACCCGGCUGGCCUAUCUGUGCUUCGUCU